AUGUUGUAUCGCAUGUUUGUUUAUUGUGUUGUAAACCAAAACUAUAUCAACAAUUUACCUAUUUUGUGACGAUGUCAGACUACGAUCAUGCACGCAUUAAGAAAUUGGUUCUAAAAGGCGAGAAACUCAAAAAGAGCAAAAAACGCAAGAAGGAAAAGGAUGAGGCUGGAUCUUCCAAAAAGGCCAAGGUAGUAGUGGAUGAGGAUGCCGUGAAGCACGGCGGUUGGUGGGCAGCAAAGACAGCGGCCGACAUCACCGGUACAGUGUCCAUAGAGUUUGGCGAUAGGAGUUACCUAAAGGCCAUGGACAAUGGUCUCUUCACAUUGGGAGCACCACACAACGCUGGCGAUGGCCCAGAUCCCGAGGAGAUUUUCACGGCUUUUCCCAUCAACGACCGAAAGGUAGCGUUUAAGUCUGGCUAUGGCAAGUACUUGAAAAUUGAGAAGGAUGGAAUGGUCACGGGGCGCUCCGAAGCAGUGGGCGGCAUGGAGCAGUGGGAGCCGGUUUUUGAGGAACAACGAAUGGCUCUUCUAUCCGAAACCGGACACUUUAUGUCGAUCGAUCCCCAAGACGACGCCUGCGUGGCAUUGCGAAAGAAGGUGGGUCAGCAUGAGAUCUGUAAAGUGCGGAGUAAUGCGAGCAGGGAUGUGGUCAUCGAUACGGAGCCCAAGGAAGAAAAGGGAGACUUGGGCGAAGUCGAGAAGAACUAUGUGAAAAAAUUUCAAAAGUUCCAGGACAAGAAGAUGCGGAUUAAUCAGAACGAUGUCAAAGAACUCGAGCAGGCAAAAGCUCAGGGAUCUUUGCAUGAAACUCUUCUGGAUAGACGCAGUAAAAUGAAAGCCGAUCGGUAUUGCAAGUAAACCGACGCGAAGUGUUCAUCAUUCAUUAAAAAAAGUUACCUCU